AUGAGAACGAGCUAUUCCUUUUCGCAGACCACUCGCUGCACAGAUGCUGCUAUCUUCCAGCUUAAAGAAAUGCAAGAAAACCCCAAAGCAGAGAAUGGGAUACAGAUGUCUGACCUGCAGCUUGAGGACAGACAGGCUAGUGACAGCAAGGCACUCUUUUCAAGGGCACAUCGACUGUUGGAACAAGCAAAAAAUGUUACCAUUCGGCUUGAAGCAGAUAAGAUUUUUGCUAAGAGCGGCGUCAAAAUACCCCUUGAGAUUAGGAAAAAUAAAAUAACCGUGGCCACGGGCGCCGGCGCCGUCUACCUGCUCUACAAGACCAUCCAAGCGGGGCUCAAGAGCCCGCCCGGCGGCGCCGAGCCCCUCAGCAUCGCCCGGCUCGCCGUGGAGCACGACGGCGGCGGCGGCGGCCCGGCCGGCGGGGAGUCGCGGGAGCUGCGCAAGCUGCUGGCGGCCCUGGGCCAGCGGCAGGACGACUACUCCAAGAGCGUGGUGCUCAACAGCAUCACCCGCUGCGUCUACCUGCUGGAGGCCGAGGCCGCCGCCUGCACCUACGAGGACAUCCGCCUGGUGGCCUCCUGCCUGGACGAGCGGGACAAGGAGGUGAAGAUCCAGGCGCUGAACGCCCUCAAGGCUUUCUCCGGCAUCCGCAAGUUCAGAAUUAAGAUCCAGGAGUACGUCCCCAAGAUCCUGGAGCUGGUCACCUCCACGUGGGACGCGGAGAUGCACGUGGCCGGGCUGCGGCUCCUCAACGGGCUGCCGCUGCCCGAGCACAGCCACCCGCUGCUGCGCCGCGCCGCCCCGGCCCUCGUCGACUUCUUGCAGACCGACGGCCCCUUGGCCCAGGUGCAGGUGCUCAAGCUGCUGGUCAAGAUGGCCCAGAAGGAAGAUCUGCUCUACGACGUGCUCAACUGCCAGGUGCAGCCCGACUUCCUGAGACUGCUGCACGCCUCGCAGCCCGGCGGCCUGCUGCGCGAGGCCCUCGUGCUGGUGGAGACGCUGCACGAGGGCUGCCUGAGCCCCGCGUACCGGGCCGCCCGGCGCGAGUACAACGAGCAGUCGCUGCACCAGGCGCUCUUCGGCGAGGACUCGCGCCUGGCCGACCACCUCCUGGCCGUCUUCGUGCACCCGGAGGAGGAGGUGCAGCUGCAGGCUUGCAAGGUCAUCCUCAGCCUGCAGCUGGGCAAGGAGGACGCCGCCGCCGCCGCCACACUGAGCAGCCACAGCUUCGAGACCACCUUCGACGGCUCCUUCGAGGGCUCCUUCUUCAACGCCGGCGAGAGCAUUUGCUAG